UGUUUAUAAUAGGACACAUUAUUAUAGAAACAGACAGGUUUGAGUAAGCUGCAUUUAGAUUUUAACGAGUUGACAUAGAAAAAUGGUGCUUGAUUUGGUUGGAAAAAUAGCCUUAAUUAGUGGUGGUGCUUCUGGUAUAGGUUUACGAUAUGCAAAGGAACUCCUUCGGAAUGGUGUGAAGGCCGUAACAUUGGCCGACACGAGUUCUGAAUUUGCCCAAACAGCUUCAACUGAAAUUGAAAAAGAGUUUGGUCCCAAUAGGGCGCUGUUUGUAAAAACGGACGUGUCCGACAUCCAACAAUUUGACAAUGCGUUCAAGAAAACUAUAGAGAAGUACAAACAUGUAGAUAUCCUUAUAAAUAACGCUGGUAUUUUAAAUGAUAAGAUAUGGGAAAAACAAAUUGGGAUAAAUGUUAAUGGUGUGGUUCACGGAAUACUUUUGGGCAUGGAAAAUUAUCUACCAAAAUAUAAACAGGGACCUGAGGCUGUCAUAGUAAACAUGUCCUCUAUCGCUGCAAUUGGCAUAUGUCCUUUCAUUCCCAUAUACUGCGGGACUAAGGCUGCAGUGGCAGCAAUGACCAGGUCCUGGGGUGUCCCCCAUCACUAUGAAAGGACUAAAGUUAGACUACUCGCGAUUUGUCCAGGAGUAACUGCAACGCCACUGAUCGCUGAUAUAAGCGGAAGAAAUUUAGGAGACGCAUAUGAAGAGUCUCUGCAGCAAAAUAUAGAUACACUGCCACCGCAAGAACCUGAAUAUGUGGCUAAAGAGGUAACAAAACUUAUUCAGUCUUGUCCAAAUGGAACUGUUUGGGUAGUUGAAGAAGAACAACCCCCCUAUGAGUACGUGUUCCCAGAGAGAGAAACAAUGCCUAAGUAAAUCAAACAACAAUAUUCUUACUGACCUAUAGGUUGUUCAAACAAUACUUUAAUAAUAAAUAAGAUUAGGUACAUAAAAGAAAACAAAUUAAACUUUAUGUAAUUUUUUGUCUAAUAUUUGUUGUCAUAUUACCGAGAAAUACAAUUUGGCUAAACUAAUA